AUGGAAGAUGAUUUGUACGAUAUUGCUCUGGAAGAAUCACAAGAAGCUGAAACUUCGUCGGAAAAAUUGGAAAAUCCAGAAGAAUCGGAUAAAAUGCAUAAAUAUGCAAUUUAUGUGCGAAAAUUGAUUAUUGGAGCACGGAAAAAUAUUGAGAAAUUGGAAAAUGAAAAUCGAGAAUUGAGGGAGAAGUAAGGACAUUUUUGGCUGGAAAAUUUAGAAUUUUUUGAGACCAAACAUAACUGAAAAAAUCCACGUGAUUAUUAAUUUUUAAAAAUUAAUUUUUUUCAGUUUGAAAAACGCGCUAAAUUCGGCCGGAGUUGUGACGUGUCCAGAUUGUACGCAUAGUUUCAAAGAUCGACAUCAUUUGAUUAGACCAAAUCAUAUGAAGGUGAGGUUUUUUGGGGUUAAAAAAUAGGGAAACGGGGUUUUCAAUUAAAAUUUCAGAUUUUCAUCGUGAAAUUGAUAGUCUAAAAUUACAUAUAAUAUUUCAAAAUUUGCAAAAACGCUCUACCGAAAUCUCAAAUUUCCCAUUAAAAUUCAAAUUUUCCAGGCUUACCGUGCCAAUAAAUGCGUCGAACUCGAAUUCAAAACGACCGAAGAAAUGACAACGUGGCUUUUUUUGAAUCAAUUGGAAACCAAUUCCGAUGGAAUGCCAACUGUUAUGAAAAAUGAAAAAGUCGAGCAGAAAUUUGUAAGUUUUUCAUCACACUCUAAUCUGAAAUGUCUGAUUUUCAGAGCACUUUGAAGUCUGUUGGCAGCAAAAUUCCUGAAAUUCGCGAGAAAAUUCGGAUUGCUAUUGGGAAAUCGGAAAAAUCUGGAAAUUCGGCUGAAAAUCGAGCUGGAACAUCUGGAAGUUCAAGGAACUUCGAAAAUCGAGAAGCUUCUAGAAAAUUGGAUGAAAAAUCUGAAAUUCGCGCUGAAAAUUCAAGAAAACAUCCUGAAGUUUCUAGAAGUUCUGGAAAUUCGAAAUUGAAGUCUGAAAAUGCUUCAAGCUCACGAAUCACUGAAAAAUCUGGAAAUCCACAGAAGCCUGAAUUUUCCAGAACUUCUGGAGCUUCAAGAAGAUCUCAAGAACCUGCUGAACAGAAGCCUAGAUUUACUGGAGGAUCUGAAAAUCAAGAUGAAAAAUCUGAAACUUCCCGAACAACUUCAAGAAAAACACAAGAAUCUGAAGCUCAGAAAUCAUCUAGAAAACUGGCUGAAAAUCGUAGAAGUCAUACGGAAAGUCGUUCUGAAAAUCCCCGAAAAUCUGAAAUAUCUAGAAGUUCAGAAGCUUCAAGACGAUCUCAAGAUCCCAAAAGUUAUACUGAAAAUUCACAGAAGCCUAGAGGUGCUGGUGGAUCUGAAAAUCCCAGAAUGUCUACAUCAACUUCAAGAAAAUCUGAAAAUCCUCAUAAGCCUGAACAUUCUAAAAGUUCAGAAGCAUCAAGAAGAUCUGAACAAUCUCAAAAUUCUCUCGAGAAGUCACGGAGUUUGGCUGAAGUUUCACAAAAAUCUCGAAGUUCAGAAAAUUCUGCUGAAACUUCACAGAAAACUAGAAGUUCCGGAAGCUCUGAAAUUUCAAGGUCAACUUCAAGAACAGCUGAAAGUGUUCAGAAACCUAGAUUUUCUACAAGUUCAGAAGCUUCAAGAAGAUCUCAAGAACCUCAAAAAUCUGCGGAAAGUUCUAGAAAUCCCAUAACGUUCACUGAAAAACCAUCAAUUUUAUCGAGAAUUUCAAAAAAGCCAACAGCAGUUCGAAAAUUGGAUAUUUUUGAAGAAAACAAUAUUUUAGACGACAAAAAAUCGAUGAAAAAUGAACCGGUGAAAUUGGAAGAAUUUGUGAAAAUUAGUGGAGGAAAUGCAACUGGGUAUAAGACGGAUUUCAAAAUUCCGACAAGAAAAAGGAAAGGAGAAGGUGAGGAUUUUUGGGCCGAGCGAGAAAUUUGGAGAUUUUUGAAACUAUAUUUAUCAACAAAAAAUUCGGAAAUAUAAGAAUUUCUACUCUUAUCAAUAAUUUUGUUUCCUCGAAAAAAGUUAACAAUUUUUUGAAACAGUGAAUUGUUUUCAAAUGUAUUCUUUGAAUUUAAUUUUUACACUGUUUCGAAAAUUUUUAAAAUUCUGUUGAAAAUAAUUGAUUUUAUUCUCUUCUUGACCCUAAAUUCCAAAAAAAAAGUUAAAUUCGAAUUUUUCCAGAGCCCUCCAAAAAACUGGAAAUCGAUGCUGAAACUGCGGGAAAAUCCACCAAAAAUGCUCCCAUUACCACCAAAAAAUUCACAAUAACCAGAGAAAAAAAGAAGGAAAAUUCGAUCGCUGAAACUGGAGAAUCGCCUGAAAUUCCAGCGAAAAUUAGGAAAAUUGAGGAAAAGCCCGAAAAGUCUCCAAAAUCAUCUGGAACUCAAGAUUUGCCUGAAUUUUCUCAAAAAAUCGAUAAUUCAUAUGUUCUUCCAACUUCUACUGGAAAUUUGGCUGAAAUUCGAGCUGUAUCUCAAAAAUCAUCUGAAAAUCCUCAAAAAAUCGACAAUUCCUAUGUUCUUCCAAUUUCUUCCCGUAAUUUGGCUCAAAAUGCUCCAAAUUCAAGUUUAGCUGAAAAUCUGCAAAAAAUCGAUAAUUCCUAUUUUCUUCCAUCUUCAGCUGAAAAUUUGGGAUUAUCUGAAUCAGCUCUGAAAUUCUUGAAAAAUCGUGCGGCAAAGUUGCAAAAAGAGGAACCUCUCGAAUCACCCAAUAAUUUGUUGUCGGAAUUUUUCCCGAAUUUUCUGGCGGCGAAAAAUGAGAAGGAAAAAAUUGAAGAAGUUGAAGAAGAAGCUGAAGAAGAGGAUAUGUCUUAUUGGAUGAGUGGAGAUAAUGUGGAAGAAAGUGGAGAGGAAAAUGAAGAGGAAGAAGAGGAGGAAUUUGUGUGCCCAGGUAGGUAAAUUUUUUGAUUUUGUAGUGAAAAUUUAAUAAAAAAUAACCUAAAUUUAAAUUUUCAUGAACUUUUUUGUUAUUAUCGAUUUUUCGAAUUUUUCUCCAAAAAUGUUAUAUAUUUUUUGAAAUAGUGAAAAUUUUGAGAAACAUAAUGAUUGAAGAUUAUUACUGGAAAUGAAAAACAUCUUUUUAGCCCUAGAAGUUAUCCUUUCUCAUUAUACUUUGCACAACAAAAAAAAAUUCACGGUUUCAAGAAAAUUAACUUUUUUGAGAAAAAUUCAAACAUUGAUAAUUGCAUAAAACAUAUUAUUUUUCAAAAUUCACUUUUUUUUCAGAAGAAUACCCAGAAUCCAAUCGAAGUUCAGCUAACUCUUCAAUAAUUUCAUCAUCUUCAACUUCUUCGAAAAAUUCAAAAAUCGAAGAAUAUUCAGAUUGUUCCAUAUCACAAGAUGCAAUUCCAAUAACACCAAAAUUGUUAUCCGAAAAAAAAGAGGAAGAAAUUGAAGAAUUAGAUUGGGAUUUUGAUGACGGAGAAUUGGUGGAAAAUAAUAGUGGAACAGAAAAUGAAAAUGAGAUUGAAGAAGAGGAAAUUGUAGAGGAAACUGAUCAGAGUGAGCGAUUUUUGGUGGGAAAAAUUUGAGAUUUUUUGACCCCACAAGUACUGGUUUCGAAGAAUUGUUCAGCCUCAAAAAUCCAUAUUUUUGCAGUUCCCAUAACUCCCAACAACAAUCCAAUAAUUACACCGCAAGAUUUGGAAGAACUCGACGAAAGUGGUGAAAUUUAUGAGGAAGAUGAAGAGCCGAAAAAAGAGCCACGUUGCUCAAAAUCACCUCAACAAGAAAAUAAUCGAAAAUCCCGAAACAAUCGGGAAAAUUCGAACAAAAAUCGAGGAAAACGGCGAAAUGAACAUUUGGUUGAAUCGUAUUCAAUGGGAAUUUGUUCGGAGCCAAAAAAGAUCAUUUGGUGGAAGACGAAAUUAACUAAUUGA